UCUUCCCCUUCCUUGUCGCCGUCGUUCUCCAUCUCCACCUCCUUCACCACCUCCUCCUCCUCUUCCACCACGUCCUCCUCUUUCACCAUGUCCUCUUUCUCCACCACGUCCUCCUCCUUCACCACGUCCUCUUUCUCCACCACGUCCUCCUCCUUCACCACGUCCUCCUCCUUCACCACGUCCUCUUUCUCCACCACGUCCUCUUCUUUCACCAUGUCCUCUUUCUCCACCACGUCCUCCUCCUUCACCACGUCCUCUUUCUCCACCACGUCCUCCUCCUUCACCACGUCCUCUUUCUCCACCACGUCCUCCUCCUUCACCACGUCCUCUUGCUCCACCACGUCCUCCUCUUUCACCACGUCCUCUUUCUCCACCACGUCCUCCUCUUUCACCACCACGUCCUCCUCUUCCACCAUGUCCUCUUUCUCCACCACGUCCUCUUCCUUUGCAUCUCUUUGGAUCCAUUGUUUCAAACCUGAAUGAGCUGACUUUGGCCCUUUUAUCUAUCCAUCGCAGGUUCUGAUUGGUGUGUGCUAAAUUUUGACUCCUAGUGUUUCCACCUGGUUAAUUGUGUGCUAAUUGGGCUCAAGCUAUGCUGACUUAAGUUAACAUUAUUGCAUGCUAGUGCUUUCUACAUGACUACAUGGUGUAAGCACUGUAAAAUGUAGGGAUUUGUGUGUAGAGUUUUGCAGUACCAGUUCACCAAAUUUGAGUCAUGUGUCAAAGCAGGGAAUAGUGUUU